ACAUUUUGUUUAUGAAGCCAAAUUAACUCGUCCAGCUGGACAGCCUUUGGCAGUGCGGUGGCUUUCUCUUUAUUAACAGCAAGAAACUACAAACUGUUGACAGGCUGGCUUUUAACCUCUACGAAAAACAAGCAGGUAGACGUAAGGACGUCAAGCUUAGUAGUUUAGAGUUAAAGUAAUGAAAGAUAAACACGUCCUCCCUUCAUGCUUACUUUCAACAAAAAAGAAGUUAUGGAUAUUUGCAACGGGAAAAAGAGGAGAAAGGUAAGCGGCGGUGUGCGGGGCUGCAGGCGGAGUGUUGCAGAAAAGAUGAAGCGGGAGGCUUGCAAAGUCCUGCGCUCCCUCACGGUGGAUGACAACAAUCACACGGAGCCCAUGGAGGAGGAGGACGACGUCUGCUUCUCCAUCAGCUUCCUUCGAAAUGAUCGGCUGGAGCCUGACAUGGCAGUGUCUCCCCGGUACAGUCUGCUACGGGAGGUCGGCCGGGGGAGCUACGGGGUGGUGUAUGAGGCUAUAGCCCGGAAAACGGGGGCCAGGGUGGCAGUGAAGAGGCUCCAGUGCGACGCCCCGGAAAACGUAGAGCUGGCUCUUGCCGAGUUCUGGGCCCUGACGAGCCUGGAGAACCGACACCAGAACGUGGUCCAGCUGGAGGAAUGUGUCCUGCAGAGGAACGGCCUGGCCCAAAAGAUGAGCCAUGGAAACAAGAGGUCCAAACACUACCUGCGCCUGGUCGAGAUGUCACUCAAAGGGGAGCGCAUCCUGGGUUACCCAGAGGAGCCGUGCUACCUCUGGUUUGUCAUGGAGUUUUGCGAGGGUGGGGACCUAAACCAGUACAUCUUGUCUCGCCGGCCUGACUCUCAGACCAACAAGAGCUUUAUGCGGCAGUUGACAAGUGCUGUAGCUUUCCUGCACAAGAAUAACAUCGUCCAUCGUGAUCUGAAGCCAGACAACAUUCUCAUCUCACAGAAAUCUGGUUCACCUGUACUCAAAGUAGCCGACUUUGGCCUCAGUAAAGUUUGUGCUGGCCUAAACUCCAAGAACAGUGAAGAACACCCUGCAGCAGGAGCAGGUGGCAGAGGCAGCAACCAGAAUAAUAUCAUCAACAUAAACAAGUUCUGGUUGUCAUCAGCUUGUGGCUCAGACUUCUACAUGGCCCCUGAAGUUUGGGAGGGCCACUACACAGCGAAGGCUGACAUCUUCGCCCUGGGCAUUAUCAUCUGGGCAAUGAUCGAGCGGAUCACUUUCAUUGACGCAGAGUCCAAGCGCGAAUUGCUAGGCACUUACAUACGGCAGGGCACAGAGAUUGUACCUGUUGGGGAGGCUCUGUUGGAGAACCCCAAGAUGGUUCUCCACAUCCCUCAGAAGGCCAGGAGCUCCAUGUCUGAGGGGAUGAAGAAACUCCUCCAGGACAUGCUUGCAGUCAACCCUCAGGACCGACCAGACGCCUUCCAGCUGGAGGUGCGGAUGGACCAAGUCACGUGUAUUGCAUGACAACCCCUAACUUUCCAAAACCUCUAUUUUUUUACCCUAACCAGUCAAAGAAGGCACUUCUUUCUUUCUCAGCUUUGUUUACUACAUGGAUGUGGACUCCAUUGGAAAAAUGGACUCUUGACAAACUGAACUGUGAAGAAUCCACAGUCAUAACUUGACUGGGAAGUGAUGGACUGGCUGACGAUUCCAAAACUCUGGGAGAGGAAUAGUAUGAAAAUCAGACCUCAGCAGUGUACUUCCAGCACCAUCCAGUUACAAUCAGUUGCCUCUUUUAAACAGAGAUCACGCUAUAUUGACAUUUAGAAAACCCUCAUUAUGCCGGCUUUGCUUGUUUACACUGAACCAAACAAAGCUGGCAUAAUGCCGCCCUAGUGUCUGAUCUUAGAUAGCAUGCUGGCAUUCUGGAAUCAGGGGCGUGAUGUGUAACACAACAGCUCCUGCAUCUGUCCCGCCAUGCUGGCUCUCCCUUUUACCCAGACAUUGAUCCAGCUCUGUGACUACCUCCACUUCCGGUUUAUUGCCAGAACAAAAAUGCCCCCCAUUUCGCGUUAAUACCUUUUAUACAAAUCGGCAAAGCAGAAUAAUGGCUCGACAUACCCACUUGAACAGGCUACUGUCAACAUGGAGAUGAGGACUUUUAACUCAUGGAUAAUGCCAGUGUCUUUGAGAUUUGACUGGAUUUGACAACCAGGUUUAUGACAUUUGUUGUUUUAUAUUUAUUGAUAUUUGCUCCCAACGGCCCCAGUAUAGGCCUGCUUUUCCCUAACAUUUGUAAUGUAUUGGACUGUGGCACAGGUUACUGUACUAUACUGUAUCAGUGUUCUAAAGUCAAAACAUGGGCUACCCAACAUUUUACUGAUGAUAAUAUGUGAAUAACUAUGAACAACAGACAACACUACACUGCCCCAUAACAACCUUGUGCCUUAAAGAUGAUUCACACCAAGUGCGAUCAGAUUUUUAAAUAAAAUGAUUUUGUGGGUUACAGUGACAGCUCACACACUUCAUGAGUCUGGAACUACUUUUGUCUCAUGCAGGUUUCUGUCUGCAGAAAUGCGGAAAUGACCAAUAGACUUUUUUGCUUUCAGUGAUGUCUACAUUGUAAACAAUACCCAAGGCUGCAAUAAUGGCCAGUUAGAAUGUGAUAAUUUAGUGUCCUUCCUCUACCCACAAGCUCAAGUGCAAUCAUGAUGCUGAAGCUGAAAAUCUAACACUUUAACUAAAAUGAAGAUAUCGUUAUCAAAGAUUUUGUAUCAGUUACUCAUGUAUGCUCAUGUAAAGAAGGUUUUCAAGGAUGUAUCACAAAUCUGUGCCACACUCCUGAGGCAGAAGCAGAACAAAUGUAAAUAUUAUGUUGUUUUGAAGGUGUAUUAUAGAAUUCACACCUUGGAAGUAGCAGGUCUGUAUCUAUGCAGUUGUUACCAAACAAUGUCCAGCAGGGAAUUCAUACUGGUUUUAUUGGGCAUUACUUUCUGUUGAAUCCAAAGAGCUUAGUAUUAACAUAUUUGCUAAAUUAAUCUAUGACCAAGAAACUAUCAUGAUCAUUUGGUGGACUAACAUCUGUUUUGGUAACUUUGUACUGAAUGUUUUUUACAUUGAGGUUGAGUAUGGCUUUUUAGGACUCCUCACAAACUGAAAUAACAAUCAGAAUACACCUCAAGAUACCAAAUUAAUGGGUUACUUGAAAUCAUAUGUCAUUAAGAGACAUUGAGCAUUGCUCUGUAUGCUGUUUUUGGAGUUUUAUGGCUUCCGUUUGAUGUGAUAUGUAUAAUGGGUAAAUCUAUGGGAACUGUCGGACACAGUCAGUCUCAAUACAGUCUGAGCAGUAUUGAGCCAUCCGUGGCGGAAUCUUUCUUGAGUAUCUGAUUUGAGGACUCUCACAGGAAAUUUGAAGAUUUGCCAUCUGGAAAUAAUUCCCAAAGGCAGCCAUGGGAUACCCAUCCUUACUGUCCCUUCCCGCCUUCCCCUCUUUAUUGAAGUGCUUUAGACUCUUUGCAGUGGCAUGUAGAUGUGUAGAACACAUUCAAGCAGUGGUUGUAGUCUGCUAUCUGUGCUGUGAGCAUAUCAGGGCUAGUUUAACCCUAAUUCAUGCAAACGGAUGACUACAAGUGCACUACAAGUGGGGUUACAAAAAUAUUGAGCCACAAGUCUCAUGACUGCGUGAGAUGGUACUUAAAGCAACAAGGAUAGGUUCAAAUGAAUAGAAUAAUUAGAACACAGAAAAAAAUCAAACAGAGGGUAGUUUAAGCAUGCGGGUGGUGAGCCUGGAAAAGGGUAUAUAUAAAAGAGUUUGUAUGUUCCAGACCUAGAAGCUUCUAGCUUUCACUCCCCAGCACAGACCAGUGGAAUGACCAAAACCUCAUUUUGGUUUCACAGCACUGUGUAGCAUUUGGUUUGAGCUCAGUGACUCAACAGUGCUAGUAGAUUUUGGGGCAUUUUGUAGUGUGGUCCUACCUCAUUCUCAGCACUCUGAAACAUCCUAUCUACCUUGACAGUCUCAAUAGUAACCUUGUCUUACUUUCUGAUACAAGGGGCACUUUGCUUGAAUCAGAUAGAUUUUUACCUCAGAUGGAAUCUCUUCAAUCUUGAACCAGCCUCUCACUGACUUCUCUGUGUGGUGUUAUACUUAGCUACAAGCAACAUCUAGCUUUUCCUUUCAUAAUGACUACAUCUGCAGCACCAGUUUCUCUCUCUCUGGAUGUCUUACAGACAUAGUCUUACCCAACAACCAGACAACAAUUAUGUUGUUUGAAUUCAACAACUACAGCUCCAAUAAUGGUUAGAAUAGUGUCUAAAGGUGUUUAAACCUGAAGGCCUCAGUGUGUUUCAACAAAUUAGUAUGAUAAAUAGUAUGACCAUGUCUUAAGUCAAAAGUCAAAAGGUGUUUCUCGCUGUUCCACACAUAAAGCAGGGCAAGAAAACCUACCAUCAGUUGCCUGGUGGCUGCAUCCCACUGCCUCCCCAGUCUCAGAAUUGUUGAUUUGUAUGUGAAUUUAGAAGAAAGUGCUUCCUUUUGAAUGUUUCAAUUUGAUUUAAAAAUGGCACUUAUCCUGAAGGUGUAAGACUCCAAUAACUAACAGAGCUGGCAGUAGUGCUUACAAUUAAAGUGCAACAAAAAUUAGCAUAUAUGCAAUCAAUGUAAUUGCGCCCUGACACUCAUAGGAGCUGAAUUAGUUGUUCCUUGUAGUCCACCUACCCUGCUGUCAUUGUGUUCUAGUGUGAGCCAUUUAGCUCUCUUCAGACUAUUAAUUAUUCCAAUUGAAAACACUUUACACUAUGCAAAAUAUUUCACUGCCUCACUGUAAACACUGUACAGAGCCACACCCUUCUCAAACAACUCUGUGUAAUAUCUUGAACUUUUUUCUUUUAGUACAUAUUUCGAGUAUGUACAGAAAUGUUUGUUUCAAAUGUUGUGUAUAAUAAGAACUGUUUUUGUUAAUGAAGCUGACAGGAGCCAUUAGAUGUUUGAGGAAGCAUCAUACAAUCAUGUUUUUUGCUGUAAAUAUGUU